AGCGAGGAGGCCCUCUGCCGGUGUCGCCUCCCCUCUGGCGCCGGCUGUGCGAGGCUGCGGCUCCCGGGGCGGCCCUGGAGCGUGUCCUCACGGGCACUCAGACCCGCGCUCGGUGUGGUCGUUUUCUGGUCGUGACCUGAAGUCUCACCCGCGCAUUUGCUUGAACUGGAAGAGCCCAGCGUGCUCGGUUUGCUAUUUUCAUUUCAGUCCGUCUGUCGUCAAGCUUCACGUUCUCUCCGCAUUACAGGUUUGACGUCAGAAUUCACCGGCAUCGCCCGUUUUCCAUCGGAAUUCGUAUUUCCGUGCUUCACUCGGUGGGUUUCCAGAUGAUGGGUCAGCUUUAACCCCAGUAAAGCCUUCAGCAGCCUUUCGCAUUUGUGUACGUUAAUGACUCGUCUUGCCUCAGGAGUAGCCCGAAAAACACCCCCAAAGCCAGUCUCCCACAUACUCCAGCCUGUGCCGUAAUACGUGUUGACUCGGUGACAGCCCGUAGUGGCUGCAGCCGUGGCUCCCGACCCUGAAAGAGCAGGACCGCGCUUGGAGCCAAGAAUGUGUGCUGUGCCGGAAGAACCCCCAACAACCAGGACGUAGCCACUGCUGCUCCUGACUUUGGGCGUUUCUGUUACCUGGGGACGCCUGCACCCUGGGAGGCCUCCGCCCCAACUCUAGGACCUCUGGCGGCAGUGGCGGAUGUCCCACGGAGGGGCAGAGCCUGACCAUCCUGCCCGCGGAGCUCCAGGCCCGGGUGUCAGAGCAUCAGCCAGACAGCAGGGAGGAAGCGGCGAUCCCGUGGGGGCUUUGCAGAGAGAGCUCCACGAAACAGGUUGUAGCCAGGACAGGUGGACUAGGAGUGUGUUCAGAAUUUCCUCACCAGGCAGCACAGAAGCCACCAGCUAUUCUAGGCCAAGAAACAUGUAGACUUCCAGGCCAUUCAUGAACAAGGAGUGUGUCCUGAAAGGUAACACACUUGUUGCCCGCCCCCGACCAUCAGAGCUGGAAUGGCUGGAGUACUCCUUCCACGGCCUCCUGAGGAGUCAGAGGGACUCUUCGGAGUAAACAACAAAAAAUGGCCUGCCAAGGUUCAGGCGACUGGCCCACAGUGGAGCAGCCCAAACCACCAGGAGGUAUUCCGCCAGCGCUUCCGACACUUCUGCUACAAGGAGACCCCUGGGCCCCGUGAGGCCUUGAGCCAGCUCUGGGUGUUCUGCUGUGAGUGGUUAAGGCCUGAGAUACGCACCAAGGAGCAGAUGUUGGACUUGGUGGUGCUGGAGCAGUUCCUGACCAUCCUGCCCGAGGAGCUCCAGGCCUGGGUGCGGGAGCAUCACCCGGAGAGCGGGGAGCAGGCCGUGGCUGUGCUGGAGGAUCUGGAGAAGGAGCUGGAUGAACCAGGCCAGCAGGUUUCAACCCAGACCUGUGCACAGGAAGUGCUUUCUGAGACAUCGGUGCCCCUGGAUCCAGCUAAGGAAGCAACAUAUCUCCAGCUUCAACCCAUGGAGAUCCAGCUUAAGGGUGAAUCUCAGGACCCUCAACACCAACAGGACUGUGAUGACGUAAUCGGAAUUGAGAAAGGAGAAUCGAUUCAAAAGCAGGAGGUUACCAUAGAUACAGAGUCUCCAAAAAAGUCACCUGGCCAAAUCAACGGAAAAGUCCCUCAUCGUGAAGAAACCCAAGAACAUGAAGGACAGACAAAGAGAUAUCAGAGAAAUUCUUCAACCGAGAGAAGAUAUAAGUGUGACGAGUGUGGGAGAAGAUUCACUCAAAACUCAAGCCUCAUUAGACAUAAGAGAAUCCACACUGGAGACAGACCCUAUUCAUGUAACGUGUGUGGCAAAACUUUCAUCCAGAGUUCCCAACUUAUUGACCAUCAGAGAAUACAUAACCGAUUAAAACCGUAUCAGUGUGAUGAGUGUGGAAAAGCCUUUUAUUACAGUUCACACCUUGUUCAGCAUCAAAGGACCCACACUGGAGAAAAACCUUUCCAGUGCAGUGAGUGUGGGAAAGCCUUUCACUACAGCUCCGGCCUCGUUCGGCACCAGAGGACCCACACGGGAGAGAAGCCCUACCAGUGUCACGUCUGUGGAAAGGCUUUCUGUCUGAGCUCGCACCUGAUUCAGCACCAGCGCGUGCACACUGGGGAGAAGCCGUACCAGUGCAGCGAGUGUGGGAAAAGCUUCAGCCAGAGCUCAGGCCUCUUCCAUCACCACAGGAUCCACAGUGGGGAGAAGCCGUAUGAAUGUGAUGAGUGUGGAAAGGCCUUCAGUCACAGCUCAGCCCUGGUUGGGCACCAGCGAAUCCACAGUGGAGAGAGGCCCUAUGAGUGUGACGUGUGCGGGAAGGCGUUCAGUUAUAGCUCCCAUCUUCUGGGACAUCGAAGGAUCCACACUGGGGAGAAGCCCUAUGAGUGUGACGUGUGCGGGAAAGCUUUCCGGCGGAGCUCGCACCUCCUGGUACAUCAGCGAAUCCACAUUGUAGAGAAGCCCUGGCGCUACACGUGUGAGGACUGCGGGAAGAGUUUCAGUCACAGCUCAGACCUCAGCAAACACAGGAGGACUCACACUGGAGAGAAACCCUACAAGUGCGACGAAUGUGGGAAGGCCUUCAUUCAGCGCUCCCAUCUCCUCGGACAUCACAGAGUACACACUGGAGUGAAACCUUAUAAAUGUGAAGAAUGCGGGAAAGAUUUUAGUGGGCGCACAGGUCUUAUUCAGCACCAGAGAAUCCACACGGGUGAAAAACCCUAUGAAUGUGAGGAGUGCGGGAGGCCCUUCCGCGUGAGUUCGGCCCUUAUCAGACAUCAGAGAAUUCAUACAGCCAAUAAGCUCUACUAAGAUGGUGAAGCAACAGUUCUUAGCUCCUCAGGCCUCAUUGGUUCCCAGAGAAUCCGCCUUAGACACUGAGUAACCUGAAUGCAGGCAAAGCUUCAGUCAUUAAAACAUUUCUCCGGCACCAGAGAAUCUA